GUGAAAACAAACAUAAACCACUUUCUUUCCCAUGGAGCGUCCGACCGCGCCGCCUGAGACGACACCACCUCCUUGUCGUGCAGAUGACGGCCGCCACGAUGCCGUUGCUACGCGCGCUGACAACGGUGCCAGCCCCGAGAACUUCACACAGAGUUCUCGUGCUUCAGUGACUACGCCCAGGCAAGACGAAGACGCAGAUCGAACCAAGUCGAGUGUUCGGUUGAAAAAGUCGAUCGUGUUGCAGCCCAUGCAGUGCCUCAAUUCCACCGCGAGUACCGAUGAGCUGUUUUAUCUGGCAUGUCAAGCGGGAGACGAGGUCAUGGUGCGGUCCCAGCUGCCACUGGCCAGUUCUGGGGCGUUGGACUUGAACCGAUUCACGCAUCAUCAAGACACGCCGCUGUGCGUGGCAUGUGUGGAAGAGCGCCUCGAGGUUGUGACGCUGUUGUUGUCGCACCCGUCGAUCCAAGUGAACCUGAGCAACUACUCGCACCCCCCGCUGGCCCUGGCGGCAGGACUAGGCCGCGUCCAAGUUGUGCGGCUCCUCCUCGGCCACCCGGCCAUCGAUGUGAACGCUGCGACUGCUAGACGAACGCCACUGACCGCAGCCUGUGAAAAUGGUCAUUUGGACGUCGUCCAGGAGCUGUGCGCUUGCCCCGCCCUGAGUUUGAACCUGCUAGACCACGACGAACACUCGGCCCUGUUUACUGCCAGUUUGCACGGCCACAGCGAUGUCGUGCGCUUUCUGCUGACGUUGCCAGACACUGACGUCAACUUGCUCUGUGGCGGAGAUUUGGCUGUGACGAUGGCCACUCUGUACCACCACUCGGACAUUGUGACCAUGCUCUUGGCGGUCCCCACUCUGGACGUGAACAAGUUGGACCAAGACGGUCACUCGGCGCUAUCUCUGGCUUGCCAAGAAGGAUUUGAAGACAUCGUGGCGUUGCUGUUGACGCACCCUGCGAUACAGCUUCGUGUUUCGGGCACCAAGUCUGCGUUGACAUGGGCCGUGGAAAAGGGUCAAGUGGCUAUCCUCGACCGCUUACUCACUCACGAGCAAUCCAUCCCCAGCACAGUGCAACCAACUGACAAAGUACCUUUGACCACGGUGGCCUGCCAGAGAGGACAUUUGGACAUUGUGAAGUUAUUGCUCGCACGCGGCGUCUUCGAAUCCGACCCCCCAGAAGUCCAAUGGACUUCUGUGUACGAGGCCCUACUGAACAAACGCCUCAAAGUGUGUCGGCUGCUCCUUGUCGAAAACGGCAGCAAACUGACGCUACCCCCUACCCCUAAGGGCCAGCCCACGUUGCUGCAUGCGGCGGCGGUGGCUGGUUACGAGGACAUUGUGGGGACACUCUUGGCGCGUGCAUACGACGACGUUGGCGCUUUGGAUCCCGACGGUCGCACGGCGCUCGAAGUGGCUGUGACACAGGGCCAGUGGGGCGUGGCGACGCUCCUUCUAAGCGCGGAUUUGCCAGUCCGAGUCUCCCAAGAUGGUCAGGUCGUGCCGAAUGCAACGCACGUGAAUUCGUGGACCGAUAUCGCAGAUCCAAGUGGUCGCUUUGCCCACAUGGACGCUUCCAAACGGUGUGACGUGGUGCGGGCACUGCUGCUCCAGUUCCCCGAAUCAUCUCAAAGGGAGUUGGCACAAGCACUGCUGUCGGCCACGCAUUCGACGUCCGGUCUCACCGUCGACUCGUUCAUCGAUUCAAAAUCCCUAGAGCUGUUGCGUUCGUGGACGCCGUCGCCGCAACUGGGGGAACGAACGUGUUUAGAAAAUCAACGGGCUCUUCGCACCCCCGGGGCGGUGUCUGUGGGCCGGGUAUGUUGAUUGAAUGGAUUAUCCCUAUGACACCGACAUAGAUCGAAUUGGUGGAAGGUGCUGACAACUCGAUGGUUCAAUAAGACUUUGCCGACACUGUCGGGCCAUCGAUAGUAGGAGGAAAUUAAGAAUGUAUACUAUGGCCAGAGACAAGUAGUUGAGGAUAAUACUACUCGUAGUACAGUAC